UAUGAGUUUAUGACUUAUUUUUUCUUGCUGUAAAUUGUAAUUUGUAAUGCUGUCGCCUGUCACUCGGCAUCUAUGGUGUGUCACGGCAUUAGUGUAUUGUAUUGCUUCAUACUAUUAGUUACCUUUAUCAAGUAAUUCAAACAUUUUUUAAAAACAAAAAGGAACAAUAAUAAAAAAUGGACCAUAUUAAUCAGCAUGCAACAAUGAACACUAAUUUUAGUGAAAAAGCUUUUGAUGCUAUUUUAAAUAAUAUCAAAUUAGAAAAUGAUUCACUUUUUAAUGACGAGUCAAGUGAUACAGAAGAUUCUGUUUAUGUACCUUAUAAGUCUAUUGAUAACAACGGUACAAAACAACAAGAUGAAAUGUAUGAAUCAGCAUCUACAUCUUUUGAAAAGAAUGCUAAUGAUGAAUCAAAUAUGCAGGAACAUACAGAUACAGAAUUAGUUGAUGGUGAAAUUAUAAGUAUCCAUGCAAUUUAUCCGACAACUGCAUUACAAACAAUGGAAUUAACGUCAACACUUAUACAACAUACUUGCCGUCAAUGUUUUUGGUGUAAAAAAGUUUUUCGUUUUAUUGACAUUCCUUCACAUAUUGGUGAAAUACAUAGUAUUGACAAGCAAAAUGAAUGUUUAAAAAUUGAGUCCUCAUUGUCCGUUAAUUCAUGCUUUUGUGCUUUUUGUUGGGAAUUCCUACAAAAAGCUGUAGAACAAGGAGAAUUGUCAGGACAUAUUGUUAUAUCAAGUAAUAAAACCGAGGCUAGAAAAUGUUCAAUACAUUUCUGCUCUCUGCCUUCCUUUUAUAAAAUGUCUGUAGAUCAGUGUGAAUUUAUUAAAAAAAUAAUAUCAACAUUUGAAUAUUGUGGUUUAGCUCUAGUUCAAUCUAAAAACAAAUCUUCAGAUUUCUUGACAUUUCCCUUUUGUCUUUGUGAAGUUCAUACAACCUUGAUUUUUGCAAUGUCAUCAUGUCAAAUCUGCUGUAGCAAACUGAAUGAACCACUUAACACUGAUGACUGGUUAAUGUACGAAAAGUGGAAUUUGGUAUUGGUUCAAAAUGGUCUUCCUUUAAUGCUACAAUCCGGUAUGUUCAUAUGUAUGACUUGUAAAGGAUACAUUUCCAAAAUAAAUCCUGGUUUCCCAAUUGAUGACUUGGAAUUUUUACGGRRAAAUAUAUUUAUAACCAAUGCAGCUCGUUUAGAAUUAUAUGGAAAAUCACAGUAUAAUUUCAAUAUACGUCAAAGAUCAAUAAAUGUGGCAUCUCCCUUUGUUGUUGCUAAGAUUAAAGAUGAAAAUGAUUAUGUUCGUUCAACAAAAGUUAAGUUUUCUGAUCCUUUGAUUACUACAACUUAUCACUAUGAAUAUGGCUAUUAUAAAAAUAAUACAGAAUUAAUAACAAGCACUGCAUUAUUAAAUGUAAGUGAACAAAAUCUGUGUACACCUAAAUUAGAACCAAUAGAUGAAGGACAUGAUGUUGAACAGCAUGAAGAAAACUCCAGAACAUUGACUCCAUCAAAUCAUGUUCUAGGACAUGACAACAAUCUGCGUACACCUAAAUUAGAACCAAUAGAUGAAGGACAURAUGUUGAACAACAUGAAGAAAACUCCAGAACAUUGACUCCAUCAAAUCAUGUUCUAGGACAUGACAACAAUAAAAAUUUGAAUGGUGAUCAUCAAUUGAAAAAUUACAAUACCAAUAUAACUAAAAAUAAAGAGAUUAAUCAAUAUCAAAACAUUGUCCAUCAUAAUUUACCUAAAAAUCAAUAUCAAGUUGAUUUAGAAAUUGUUAAAAAUGAAUCAAAGAUUAUUGAUUCUCGUCAAAUUGUUAGAGUGCACAAUAAAAUAGAUAAUAAUCAAAGCAGGCUAAAUUCUCAUAUUAUAAGUACUGGUGCCCAAGAUAAACUAAAAGAAGAUAGUGAAUAUAUGAACAAAAAAAAUACAAAUUUUAGAACUGUUAAUUUAACAGAGACUGACAAUAAAAUGUAUUCAUUUAUUGCAGCAGUAGAACCAUGUAAUGUGAUAAUUAAUCCUGUUUCAAUGAAGAGAAAACAAAACAAUGUUAUAUGCCAUUCAAUUUCAAAUAAUGAUGUGAAGAAACAAAGACUAAAUGAAAAAUAUAGUUCCUGUGAUAAUAAUUCUACAAAUGAUCAUACUACCAAAUCCUACCCAGUUAAAUAUAUUCCUCGUCCAAGUAUUUUAAAUAUGAUCUCCAAAAAUGAAAAUGUCAUGAAUUCUGAAUUAAUUGCUGUUCAAGAUCGGUCAAACAAUGAAGAAUCGUUAAAACUGCGUAGCAAUUCAAUGAAAGACAUUAAAUUGAAAACAAAUGUGCCAUCAAUUGAAAUAAAAAAUUCUUACGGUUCAAACCCAAGUUGCAGUAGUCCACUGCAGUUUAAACGUGUAUUAAAAAAAAUUUCACCAUUUUGGAAAACGAAAAAUUCUUCUAUAGAAAGAAUUGAAAAUGUUCCGUCAAAUAUAUCUGAUACUGAAAGUAGUCCAGAUUCUAUAAUUCUAUCAGAUUCUGAAUAUUUAUUAGAUUCUGAAAUUAGAGUAUCUGAUACUGAUGUUUUAUUGGAUACUGAAAUAUUUUCUGAGAGUGACAAUGAAGAAAUAUUAUCUAUCGUCGAUAUAGAAGAAACAGAUUAUAUGGUUGUAGUCUCAGAAGGAGAUUUGGAUUCAGAUUCUGACUGUGAAAUUAUAUCAAAUAAUGAAAAUUCACUAGAUGUUGAAAUUAUAUCGAUUGAUAAUAAUAAACUCGAAUGUAAAGAGUCUGAAUGUAUAAUUGUAUCUGAUCCUGGAGAGAAAUUCAAAAAUAAAAAAUUAUCUACUUUCAAAGUUAUUAAAACAGGAUCAGAUAGUGAAAUAUUAAUGAAUCAUGCUAAAAUCAUUGAAACUUAUAUUAAAAAUGAGAAUGAAAAGGUAAAUUAUAUAGUUGCAUUUGAAAAUGAAAUUAAACCUUCAGGUGAUAAGGUAUCCACAUGCAUAGUUAUAUCUGAUAAUACUAUGGGAUUCGAUAAUAAAAAAUUAUCUACCUAUAAGAUUCAUGUUGAAAAAGGAUCGGAUUGUAAAAUAUUUUUGGAUAGUGAAAAGGUCAAAAUUACGUCUGAGAAAGAGAAUAAAAAUGUGAUAGUAUUUAAUGAUGAAAUUGAACAUUCUGAUAAUAAGAAAUUCAAAUGUAUAAUUAUAUCAGAUAAUGAGAAAGAAUACACUAAUAAGAAUAUAUGUACAUUCAAAAUUGUAUCCGAUGUUCAAGACAGUCUAGCUUUUGAAAUGUCGUAUGGUAACGCUAUCUUUGGCAUUGAAAGUGGGUAUAGAAAAACAAAAUACAUAAUUAUGUCAGUUAAUGAAAUUGAAUCACAUAGCGAUGACCAAUCCAAAUAUAUGAUAUCAGGUAAUACACAGAAAUUCAAUAAUAAAAAUUUAUCCAACUCGAAAAUGGUGAAAAAAAAUAUUCUAAAAGGAUCAGGUUCUGUAUUAUUGGAUGGUGAAGAAUCCCAUGAAAUAUUACCCAAUAGUAAGAAUGGAAGAAUAAAAUAUAUGAUUGCGCCUGAUGGGGAAAUCGAAACUGAUAGUGAUGAGCAAUCUGAUAACGAAGAAAUAUUCAGUUAUAAAAAAGUAUCAGAUAUUAUAAUUACUUCAAAUGGUACAAUUGAAGUGGAUGAUUCACAGGGUGAGCAAUCUGAUAACGAAGAGGAGUUCAAUGUUAAAAAAAUAUCUGAUAUUAUAAUUCCGUCAAAUAGUACAAUUCAAGUUAAUGAUUCACAGGGUUUAAAAACGUCAGAUGAUAAUAAUUCUAUUAAUAACUCUAAAAUUAAUAGCGAUAAUAGGUCUUCACAGUUACAAAUCAAAUCGGGACAUCCAUUUCCUUAUCUAGAACAGACUGCUAAUGAAAAUAGCAAUCAUGAUGAUGAAAAUUAUGAUCAAUUAAUUGAUUAUUUUAAACCAUAUUUAUCAGCAAUAGAAUGUUAUUUUGAAAAUUCUGACAACCCAUUAUUCAAAGAAUUAUAUAUCUCGUUAGGCAAUAGUGCAAUAAACAUGCUUCUGUAUCUGAUGGAAAACUUGCGAAUGUUAUACUUAGGAGAUCUGUCUAUUGCUGAUUCAGCCGAUGAAUUUUCUAAAAAAUAUUUAACAGAACAAAAAGAAAUAUUAUACAAUUAUUUUGGUGAUCCCAAUCACAAUAUUAAUGCCUCAAAGCCAUUUAUACAUCCAUCAUCGCAUCUACAUAAGUACAGCAAACGAUUAUCGGCCGAUGUUGGACCACUUAUAAUCAAAAACACAACGAUUACAUCUAGUUCACCGGUCCAGAAUAAUUCAAUUGCUUCAAAAAAUCAAACCCAAUUUUUAACAUACUCAAAUCCAAAUAUUCGAUUCCCAGUUGCAAUAAAAAAAAAAACAGUCAAUAAAAAUAAACUUAAGAACAGCCAACUGCAAAAAAUGCCAUAAAUUAAACAAACCUGGUUGCUUUUGAAACCUAACCAUUUAGUAAAAAAUGCUUAUUGUUGUAGGUAAUUCCACUAGGUUUUUUUAAUGAUUUUUAUCUUGUUGAAUUUAAUUUCUGACUGAUUUAUUUUAAAUUAUUA